UUUUCCCUAACGUUAACGUUAAUUGUCACUAACCUGAAAAACGGCUCACAAGUCUAUGUAAACUUAAGCUUGAUGAAAUGGAAGGGUUUAAGGCUGUAGUUAGGGAGAUUGCAAGCUGUUUUUAUUUGUAGUGCAUGUGCCCUGCAAAACGUCGUACUUGUUAUAUUAAUAAUACCUCAAAUUUAACUUCAAAAGGAUGUAAACAAAGCAUACUACGACGAAACUUGUCUCACGAUAACGAUAAUUAGCCAGCUAGCUUAUCAGCUAACAUAGCCUACUGGUUAUCAGGUACCCAUGGAACAUGAAUGACGUUAGCGGGAUGUCCACGCUGGUCGUGAAACGUCCUUUGAGUGACGAUCAUGGAGGGCUCGGACAAUGCAGAACAAGGUGGCAGCGAUCAGUCGGAUUCCCAACGGAGACGUCAGCUGGCCCGCCUGGACAGGGAGGAGGCCUUCUAUCAGUUUGUCAACAACCUCAGUGAAGAGGACUACCGACUAAUGAGGGACAACAACCUUCUGGGCAACCCCGGUGAGAUCACUGAGGAGGAGCUGUUGACCCGCCUGCAGCAGGCGAAGGAUGGUGGGCAACGUGCGGCCACAGCUGCCAGCACCAGUCCCAGCCCCAGCGCCAGCCCCAGUGCCAACGCAAGUGCCAACGCAAGUGCCAACACAAGUGGCAGUGAAGCACGCAGCAGGCCUGAGGCCUCUGGUGACCUUGAGGGCCCCGAGGAUCCCUCUAACGGCGACACCCUCCUGGAUUGGCUCAACACCGUGCGUCGCACGGGCAACACCACGCGCAGCGGUCACCGCGGCAACCAGUCCUGGCGCGCGGUGAGCCGCACCAACCCGAGCAGCGGGGACUUCCGCUUCAGCCUCGAGAUCAACAUCAACCGCAACCUGGCGGAGCAGCAGACGCAGACGGAGGCGGCGGAGCAGGCCGCGGGUGGUGCGGCACCACCGGAAGGGCCCAGCGCUGUUGCUGCUGCUGCCGCCGCCGCCGCCAACGCCACCACCGCCGCAACCGCCACCAACGGAGCAGAGGUCGAGCCUGGGGCGGAGGCCGAGGCCGAGGCCGAGGCCGGAGCGGAAGCCGAGUCUGGAGCGGAGGCCGAGCCCGAAGCUGUUGCAGAGGCGGAGUCAGAGCCCCCUCCUGAGCCCAUGGAGCUGGAGGAGGAGCCGGUCGUGGAGGAGCUGGCGGUGAUCGUGGAGCCCGAGCUCUCGCCCCCUGUGACCCGGCCCGCCAGCCCCCAGCCCAUCCUGGUGCCGGAGUCCGUGCCCUUGCCGAUUCCGAUCCCGGUUCCCGUGCCGAUCCCCAUCACCAUCCCCUCUCCGCACUUGCAGGCGGCAGCCGUGGCGGUGGCGAUGGCGGCGGCGUCGGCGUCCGAGCCGCCGCAGACCCGGCGGGGCGUGGUGCGUCCCCGCAGCCGGAGCCCCGAGCAGCGCCGCACCCGCGCCUGCACCCGCAGCCGCUCCCCGCUCAGCCUGGACCGCAUGGACGGCCUCCCCCCCGCGCCGCCCAUCCCCGAGCCCCCGCUACCCCCACCUCCCCCGCCGCCCCACAUGGAGGGCAGCUCACGCACUCGUCAGCACAUCCCCUCCCGCCACGUCACGGUGGAGACGACGGACCAUCACCACCAUCACCACCACCAUCACCACCACCACCAGGCAACACCCCUGGCUCCCCCGACCUCCACCACUCAUGCCCCCGAUGCCCCCGCGGCUCCUGCCCAGGAGGAGGAGCCGGCGGCUGGGGAAGCCGGCGCCGGACGCAGGCCCCCCACCAUCAUGCUGGACCUGCAGGUGCGUCGGGUCCGGCCUGGCGAGUACCGCCAGAGAGACAGCAUUGCUAACCGCACCCGCUCGCGCUCUCAGCCCGCUAGCAACAACAGCAGCAGCAGUAGCAGCAGCAGCAGCAGCAGUAGUAGUAGUAGCAGCAGCAGUGGAGCCAGCAGCGGAACAGGAAGUGGUAGCGGGGCGGGCGGGGCCGGUGGCGCCGCGGGCAACAACACCUUCCUGUACGAGACGGAGCAGGGCGGCUUCCGUCGGACAUUCUCCCGGUCGGAACGGGCCGGCGUGCGCACCUACGUGAGCACGAUCCGCAUCCCCAUCCGGCGCAUCUCCGACGCGGGGCUCGGCGAGGCCACCUCCGUGGCGCUGCAGUCCAUGAUCCGCCACAUCAUGACGGGCUUCGGCGAGCUCAGCUACUUCAUGGACUCGGACUCGGACUCGUCCGACUCGCCCCGGGCCAGCGGGCCCACCACGCCCUCCGACGGCACCACGGCGUCUGUAGCCGGAGCCGCUGCUGCCGCGGCCGCUGUCGCCGCUGCCGCCACCGGCGCUUCGCAGGCCCAGGCCGGCGGCUCGCAGGCCGAGGAGCGGGACAGGGAGGGGGAAGACGCGGACUCCCCGGCGGCCGGAGGCGGGGUGGCCCCAGACGGCCGCGGCCGCGCCCGGGCCCCCAUCAGCCUGGAGGAGACGGGCUCGCUGCCCUUCCUGCGGCUGGCGCACUUCUUCCUGCUCAACGACGAGGACGAGGAGCAGCCGCGCGGGCUCACCAAGGAGCAGAUCGACAACCUGUCCACGCGCAACUUCGGCGAGAGCGACGCGCUCAAGACGUGCAGCGUGUGCAUCACCGAGUACGCGCAGGGCCACAAGCUGCGCAAGCUGCCCUGCUCGCACGAGUACCACGUGCACUGCAUCGACCGCUGGCUCUCGGAGAACUCCACCUGUCCCAUCUGCCGGCGCGCGGUGCUCGCCACCACCAACCGCGAGAGUGUGGUCUGAACGACCCUCCGCGAGUCCGCCACUCCGCUCCGACUCCCCCCUCCCUCCCUCUCUCCGCUCCCCUCCCCUCGUCCCUCCCUCGUCUGUCUCAGACUAACACCACCCUUGUUUUCUCUAAAACUCUCUUCUCUCUCUUGCUGCUUCCCUGAGCCUGGGUAAUGUUUGCUACCCAGAGGGCCGGUCUUUAUGAUUUUUAAAGCAAUCAAGUCUGCUUACUCUCCCAUCUUCAGCAGGGGUUGGUGCAUCAGUGGGGCGGCAGAUGCGGGGGGGGGGGACCCACUGAGCCGAUGCGAGAAUCCAGACCUCAGAAUAUUCAUUAGUCGUCUGUCUUAAAGCAUCUGUCAGUGGAUGAUGUGUUUGCAGGGAGCUUGGGGUAGGAUACCAAGAGGAUGGGGGAAAAUUGGGGGUGGGGGAAAGGAAUUCCCCAGAAAGGACCACAUGUGCUCACAAUAAAGGACUCGUAGACGGUUCAGCUCAACUAGUGAAGCGCCCUACCCCUCUACAAGCUACCGGUUACAAGGUGCUGAAGACAUUAUCCCAGAGUCAGAGACUUUGUGUGUUAAAAGGAAGUGUGUGUGUGUGUGUGUGUGUGUGUGUGCGUGUGUGUGUGUGUAUGUGUGAGAGUGAGUUUGUGUGUGUAACUUGAUUUUUAAGUUAAAUAUCAUUGGAGGGAAAGCAAGCCCAGUUACUUAUGUGACACAAUAGUGUAAGAUUUCGGUGUGCAGUCACAGUACUAACCUAAUGGGUAAUGUUGCUUCCCUCCCAAGUCAACUGUAACAUGAGAGUGCAAAAGUGUUGUAGUCACACUUGAGACCAAAUGCAAUCUAAUAUACCCCUGAAAUCCA